AGCACCUUGCUGAAAAAACCUGCCUUCAUGCGUUUUAUCUAUCUAUUAAUCAGUAUCGAUAAGUGUACAAUGAUAAGAGCACAUGCUUCAGCUCGUUCCACAGUACUGCAAGGACACUGACGGGCACAAGACACAGAUUUCGAGGCUAGGGCGUGGCAAAUGAGUGACAGUAAAAUAAUGGACAGUGAUUGGAAUACGGAAAUUUACCGAACGAUUCCCCAAAUGGAAAUUGCCGAAGCUCCCGAGACGAAGGAAACUUUGGCGCGUAACGAUUACAUCAAACAGAAAAAUCCACAGGGCAAUAUGUUCGUCCAGAGUAUGUUCGAUAUGACGCUAAUAACGAUUAAUUUUUGUCAAAUAUGCUACAUCCUUAAAGUUGGGCCAGGUUUAGGAUGGUUGUACUACUUUCUGCUAGGAUUGUUCGGUGUCUCACUCAUAUUGCUAUUUAUGCACGGAUGUAUGGGACUGUGCGGAUGGUUGAGAUGCAGCAAACCUCUUCCUACCAGUUGUUUCAACUGUCUGUACAACACAUCCAUGUUUCUGGUUGUGGCAGUGUACAUAGUAAACCUCGUCGGCAAUGUACUGAUGCUGAAAGAAGCCGAAAAUAAGUGUCAAUUAAUGCUAGAGCAUACGAAAUCGAUCAUCUCUCCGCCACAAGAUUUACCGCAUUAAUCUAAUUUUUGGGUGAGUGUGCCAUACAGAAGCUCUAUGCAUUAUUGGUGAAAUGUAUUGUAAAUUUAUGUAAAAAUAAAUAAGUGGCGAAUCAGGCUUUAGC